AGAUAUUUUGUGUGACUUCUCCGUUUCGUAAGAAUCGUGUGAAAAAAGUAUCGCAUAGUGAGGAAAGGGUGAUAUGGUGAAUGGACUCACAUGGUUCUUCUACCUGAUAGACAGUGAGUCUGCUCGAAGGACACAUGAUUCGUCGACGGUGUUGGGUUUUUCUGAUCCCACGCAGUGUCCCGUUGCGACUCGCUCGGUGACUGUCGGCGAAUUCGUUCGUUCUUCGUGGACAAAGACUUCUGAGAAGGUCGUGCGUAAAGGGAAGUACCAGCCACGACGGGGCCCAGCGCCGGGGCGGAGACAAGGCCCCCGGUGCAGGGAAGAAGCAAGGCAGGGGGAGAAGUCGAGUUUAGCGUAGCAGCAACGGCCCUGAAACUACAAGGGAGAGCGACUACCCCCUUGAACAGGGGGGAAACUAGGAGGCGACCUCGCCGACGGAGGCGACGGAAAAAGAAGCGACGGAGGUGCGGUAUAACGUUGAUUGUAGGGUGGACAGAGGAACGAAACGGGUCUGGAGUGGCUUGGCGCUUUGAACGAAGGUGUCACACCGGGAAAGACGAAGGACUCUGAUUACUAUCUUUUGCCACCACCUUGUAUACGCGGUAUACUCUCCCCUCUCUCUCCACUUGCUAAAAGGUUCUGUAGUGCUCCAGUUUAUAAUUUUAUCCUCUUUCGGUAGUGAGCCCAGUGUGAUAAAAAAAAAAAAGUCAAAUGAAGUAUAUGUGAUCCACAAUGAUGGUAAUUUGAUAUUAUAUACGUGUGCUUGUGCUGUCCAAGAGUGCGUGAAAUGAGAAGAAUUGAGUGAGAAAGAAAUUAAAAAAGAAAAAUAAUAAUAAUAAAAAAAAGAUUCGUGAAGUAAUGCAAUCUCGGAGUGAUAAAUCUGUAUCUAUGUAAAGACGUGUGCCAGUGUGUCCGCACGAAGAGUACAAAGCAAAGUAAAUUUACAAAGAAAAAUAUUCAUAAAAACAGCCGCGGGUAACCAAAGGAAAGCCAGUCAGCAGCAACGUAGAGAAGUGGCAUUAGCAGGUGGGACAGGUGGGACAGUAGCAUGAGUUCGUAUUUCGCGAAUUCGUACAUCCCGGACCUGCGAAAUGGCGGGGUGGAACACCCGCAUCAGCAUCAGCAGCACUACGGUGCGGCCGUACAGGUACCUCAGCAGACACAAUCGGUCCAGCAACAGUCCCAGCAAGCCAGUGAUCCAUGCGAUCCGAGUUUGUUACGUCAAGGAGUAUCCGCCCACCAUUAUGGAACCACGGGAGGUCAGCAAGACAUGCCUUAUCCGAGGUUUCCCCCGUACAACCGGAUCGACAUGCGAAAUGCGGCUUACUAUCAGCAUCAACAGGAACACGGAAGUAUGGACGGUAUGGCCGGUUACAGGUCGACGUCCCCGAACGCCACUAUGGGUCACAUGGGACACACACCAACCCCUAACGGACAUCCGUCCACUCCCAUUGUCUAUGCCAGUUGCAAACUUCAAGCGGCUGCUGUCGAUCAUCAAGGUAGCGUUCUUGACGGGCCGGACAGUCCGCCUCUCGUCGAGUCGCAGAUGCAUCACCAAAUGCACAGCCAGCACCCGCACAUGCAGACGCAGCAAUCGCAGCAUCCGCAACAGCAAUCGCAGCAUCAGCAUCUGCAGGCGCAGCAGCAACAUAUGAUGUAUCAGCAACCGCAGCAAUCACAAACCGCGUCGCAACAAGGACAAGGUGGAAUGCACCCUCAGCAACAGCAGCAGGCUCAACAGCAUCAAGGCGUCGUUGCAUCAUCGCUCAGUCAACAGCAGCAAGGUACACCUCAGGGUGCGGCUACCUCAAAUUUACCGAGCCCAUUAUAUCCAUGGAUGAGGAGUCAAUUCGAAAGGAAACGAGGUCGGCAAACGUACACACGAUACCAAACGUUAGAACUAGAAAAGGAGUUUCAUUUCAACCGAUAUCUCACUAGGCGGCGGCGUAUCGAGAUCGCGCACGCGCUAUGUCUGACGGAACGGCAGAUAAAGAUCUGGUUUCAAAACAGACGGAUGAAGUGGAAGAAGGAGAAUAAGACGAAAGGCGAGCCGGGUUCGGGCGAUGGCGACACUGAAAUCUCGCCGCAGACAUCGCCGCAGGGUUGAAAGAGCUCCGAGGAGUGGGAACUUUCUUUCCAUCUCUCUCAGGGUCGUUAAUACCUUGUUUCCAGCACUACCUCCUUCCUAUCCAAAUUCCGAUUCCCAUCGAUGACCUCCAAAUGAUUCCCUCUUCCCCUCUAAGCAAUGACGCUUAUUUUGUCGUGUUAAUCAUGUUGCUUGUACCAAAAACGAAGCAGAUAGAGAUGAAAGCGAGGAACUUGUUAAGAUGGACCCGUAGAAAGAAAUGCUCGAUGAGAAAAUAAAAUUAUGAUAAAGCGCAGAAAGGCGAGAACGGCGAAGAAGAGAACACGCACGAAGGAACGAGUCAGCAAAACUGGAAACGGGCGUGGAUAUAAUGUGGAUCAAAGAUCAUUUACUUGAAGAAGAAAAGAAAAACGUAUAAAUAAAAACAAAACUGGAUCACAUGCUAAUCAGAACCGCAUUAACCUCUUAUUACGUUUAAUUACGAAUGUAAUUGUACUAAAAGUCUAUGGACGUAUAUACGGAAGAUGAAGAUGUACGUAGUAGAUUAAUCGUGAAAUUGUGGGAGCGAGUGACCGAUAAGUAGUAAUGCGAAUAGAUCGUGUGUGAUAUAUACACACAUGAGUGAUAGGUAUAAAGAGUUAAGUUUGUCGAAAGAAUGGGAUGCGCGAAUCCGAAUCGUGAGCGUGUGACAGGGAAAAAAAAAAUCGCGGUGAGAUCUUAGAAAAGCAUUUUAUUAUUUAUUCUCUUACAUCGUAAAGACGUAGAGUUCAUAGAACGAUUAGUAGAAUAGCAAGUACGAAGAUGUCCGUCGCGUCUGUAUUUAGCGGUUUAGUGUUCUUAUAGAGGAUUGUUUAGAUAGAUCUUUCUUUGGUACCGCGGUGGCUCCAACAAGAAUACUUAUGAUUGAUUCGUGCCAAGUGUGAUCUUUCGAAGAUGGUAAAAUUUUCAAGAAAGGAUCCGAGCAUAACGGCAGGAUACAGCGGGUGGACGACAAAAAUAAGUUUUCCAGAGCAGAAGACGGAAAAUCACGAAGUUCUCUCAUCUAAUUCUGAUACCAGUGAUAUACAAAAAAAAAAGUGUGUGCAAAACUAAAUCCGCAAAAAAAAAAUCAGUGAAUUUGAUGUAUAAAUGUAAUAAUUAUGGCGAUGUUUUGGAAUGUGUUGUACGAAGAAAAGGCGACAGAGAAUGACCGUGGAGAUGAAACGGAUUAGUGCUAAUGAUAAAGUGAAUUUAAAAAAGAAACCAGCGUCCUUCGGCGGAGCAGAGGUAAAUCGAUUUGGCAUUUCUUCACCGCGGCGCGCAGCGUCAUCGCAAGGUUAGUUUGAAAAAAGUUGAAUUAAUUUGCUUCUAAUCGAAUUGUCGUAUCCACAUUCGAUAAGGACAAGUAGAUAAGCUUUGAGUUUUGAGAAAAUAUAAGGUCACGAACAAAAUAUUUUCGUGCACUUUGUUUUACAGAAUGAUGAUUGUACAAAAUUUGACUAUAAAAAUAACUACAAUGUACAAUUGAAAAAAAAACUGACUGCACCAACCGAAGGUGGAAAAAAUCAUUCUUAUCGCGCUGUAUUGCUCAAAUACGCAAUUUCGUAAACGAUUAUUUUCUACUUACAUGAGUGUAUGUUUUUUUUUUAUAUUUUUACAACACUAGAUAAUGUGCCAAGUUUUUAAGUUGCAUAGAUUUAGAACUUAGCAUAUUUUUUAAUAUGAAUAAAUGUUCUACAUUAUUUCUCAGCAGAGCUGCGAAAUUUUCACUAUUUAACUCUCGAGUAGUCGCAUCUUGAAAGUCGUGCGAUUUUAUAGACAUUAUUUUUGAUAAUGUCUAUGAAAUUAUCUUUUUUAUUAAAUAAUUUGCGUGUCAUUUUUAUGAUUGCUUGAUCGCAAUUGAAUUUGAACAGUUAUUCAGUUCAAUUGAGGAUUACUUGAAUCUUAAAUUAUGAUUCGCAUCGACGAGAGACAAAACAUACCUUCUAAGAAAAGGGUUAAAUGUGUUCACACAUGCGCAUGCUUCAGAGUUAAAACAGUUUCGAACACUUGCAGAAAAUAACUGUUUGCUAUCAAAAUGUACAAAUUGUAGUAUAAUUCACAAUGUCUUUUAGAAUGCUGGACACACAAUUACGAUCUUGGAUCAAAUUAUUUUCUCUUUAAGCUUUUUUGAAAAGAAAGAAAUUCAAUAAUCGUAUUUAUUGAAAUUCUUUGAUUUUCCGUGUAAAUUUUAUGAUGAGAAAAUAGCUCAAGAAACGAAAAAAAAGUUGAAACAUUACUCUUGCUCCGCGCGACAUGACGCCAAGUUACCACAUGUAAUACAUAGCAUAAUUUUGGAAUAGGAUGUCAUUGGCAUGAAACCGCUUGGCACUUUAAUGAUAGCUUGGCGUUAUAUCUUGAACCAAAGUCAAUUUUUCAAUGUAUUACGCAUAUUGUGUAUAACUGUGUAUACUUAAAUAUGUAUAUAAUCAUUCCAAACAAUCAUACGUGACACAUUGCGUUUUUAUUUUGACAAGUUUUGUACGUACAAAUCUUGAACACAUUUAUACAUAUUUUAAUUAGUUAUUUUAACUAAAUAAUAUACUUUUAGUUAAAAUGUAAUUAAUAAUGUUAUG